CCGUGGCAGCUGCAGGACAAGGGGAGAGCGAAGUGACAAGGCUUCUCGUACUUGAGCAACCUUCAAAGCAGCCUUCUGAGCUGUCAGUGCUGUCCUCACACACAGCAGUUUAUUGUCAUCUCAUCACCAGGGAUUGCGUGGCAGCUGCAGAGAUCCCAGGCCUGCAGGAGACAAGCCUCCCUGCUGCAGAAUCGUCCUUUCCAGGGGAGGAAUACACCAAAUAACUUCAAGAGUUUUAGAAGAUGUCAGGAGAUAUACCAUUAAAUAUAAAUAUCAAGGAGCCCCGAUGGGAUCAAAGCACUUUUUCUGGACGAGCCAAUCACUUCUUUACUGUAACAGAUCCCCGGAAUAUUUUGUUAUCUGAUGCCAAACUGGAAAAUGCAAGAAAAAUUGUGCAUGAUUACAGACUAGGUAUUGUAGCACCUGGCUUGACAGAAGAUGAGUUGUGGAGAGCCAAAUACAUCUACGAUUCAGCCUUUCACCCAGACACUGGUGAAAAGAUGGUCUUGAUUGGCCGAAUGUCCGCUCAGGUGCCCAUGAACAUGACCAUCACAGGCUGUAUGAUGACCUUUUAUAGAACGACACCAGCAGUGCUUUUCUGGCAGUGGAUCAACCAGUCCUUCAAUGCUGUGGUAAAUUACACGAACAGGAGCGGGGAUGCCCCAAUCACUGUCAGCCAGCUGGGAACAGCCUAUGUUUCUGCCACCACCGGUGCUGUCGCAACAGCUUUAGGACUUAAUGCACUAGCAAAGCGCGUCUCACCUCUUAUAGGACGGUUUGUUCCUUUUGCUGCUGUUGCUUCUGCAAACUGCAUUAAUAUUCCACUAAUGAGACAAAGGGAAAUCAAGUUUGGAAUCCCCGUCACAGAUGAGGAUGGGAACAGAGUGGGUGAAUCAUCCAAAGCAGCUCAGCAGGCAAUCACCCAGGUGGUUAUCUCAAGGAUUCUGAUGGCUGCUCCUGGAAUGGCAAUUCCUCCCUUCAUAAUGAAUACACUGGAAAAAAGAGCCUUUUUAAAGAGAUAUCCUUGGCUGAGUGCUCCCAUUCAAGUUGGAUUAGUUGGAGUCUGUCUCGUGUUUGCAACUCCCCUAUGUUGUGCACUGUUUCCUCAGAAAAGUUCUAUGUCCGUAUCGCGCUUGGAGCCAGAAUUGCAAGCCCAGAUCCGAGAGAGCAGCCCCGGCCUAGAACGUGUAUACUUUAAUAAAGGAUUAUAAUUCAAGGAAGGCAAAAUAUCUUUCAAGGAGGAACUUGUGAACUUAUUUUCGAAUUGUGUGCCAACAUAGUUGAAGAUGACAACUCACCUUUAACUUGUCUGUUUGUUAAACAAGUUUGAUCGUCUGCGUUAUUUUAUAGUUAAGGACUUUCCUCAGUGUAGUGUUUAAAUUACAAAAGGUCACUUUGUCCACUUUGGUAUUGAUUAAAAGUUUAUCGAUACAUACCCAGAAAUGUUUACAUAAGCUCUCAAGCAGCUACAAUAACAAUAAACAAGCGCACAAUGAAAACCA